GCGGAAGAACUUGCAAACGUUGGAUUAGCACAAAACUAUCUCCAAAGAUAAGAACCGAAAAACAUGAUUGUUCGAUCGUUUGCUCUAUCUUCAGUGGCUCUGUUGCUUGCAGGGUACUCCUCUGCGUUCCAGCAACACCAGGUUAGAACUGGGGCGUCAUCGAGCCGCCUUGCCUUUUCGUACCUAGACGAUCUUUCCGGGGACGAAUCUGCUCCGUUAGCCGCAAACACCGAACGCAGCGACUGGGGGUACUGGCCGGGGCCCGGUGCAUCGGUUCCUGCUGCACCAGUACCUGCUGCACCGAAAGUGGUAGGUUCCGCUGGUGGGGGUUCGGAAAACAUCCACCACGCCCCCAUCGAGUAUUUCAGCAUCGACCAAAUGGUCUCCAAGGGACCCCGAGCCACCAAGGACUGGGGAACCCCCCAGGAUGCCACCCGGAAACUCGCCGAUGAUGGGACCCUCCGAGCCGGAUCCUGGUUCUGCUCCGAGGGAGGCUGGCCCUCGCCCAACCAGAAGGCCCACACGGAAGUAUUUUUUGUUCUAGAAGGACACGGUAUGCUCGGUGAUUCUGACGGCACCAAGCACUACUUUGGACCGGGCGAUACGGUCAUCAUUCCCAAAGGCCACACCGGAAGGUGGGACGUAUACUCACCCAUCCAUAAAAUCUGGGCCGUCAAUGCCCACGAUUACAUCGAGGAAGACCAAUCGGUGCCGAUUCGGGUUCGGGUCGAUGGAUACCACACAUUUGCGCCACAUUUUCUGACUCCCAACGGAUACGGAAUCGAUCCCCUUUACGCCGCGAGUGCUCCAGAAAUUUCCUAUAAAACCUUCUACGACGUCGGACCAACCUCGGUGGGAGUGUGGGCUUCCGAGCGGGCGUUCAUUCCCAUCCCGAAUCCACUAGAACGAAAGGUGUUCUUUCAUCUCUUGGAAGGUGCUCUGAAUGUGCACGAUAUUUCCACCGGGGGUUCCCAGAGGUGCCUUCCCGGAGACACAAUCAUGCUCCCACAGGGAUUCAAGGGUUACAUCGACGUCCUUGAACCAGCCAAGAAAAUGUUUACUACCGCUCUCUAAUCGAACGAAUGCGAAUGGAAAGGCAAUGACACGGCUUGUGUACGAGCACGAUAAAAUUAACUCAGGCAA